AUGGCUUCAUCGGUCGAGGGCAUUGUGCUUAUCGCCAUUGUAUUCCUGAUUCCACUACGGCUUUACUCCAGAUAUCGAAAACUAAGCUCCAUCCCAGGGCCCUUUUUGGCAAAUUUCACGGACCUCUGGAGAGCAUAUGCUCAGAACUACGGCACUAUCACCACGACACUGAUCAAGCUUCACGAGAAGCAUGGUCCUCUGGUGCGAAUUGGCCCAAACACGAUCCAUGUCAGCGACCCUGCCGCCGUCAGCACAAUUUACACAAACCAUGGGGAAUUCAGAAAGGCCGACUCGUACUCCCCAUUGCGGGUGCCCACGCCUCGUGGCAAGUCGAUCGGGAGCGUUAUCGACAUGCAGGACGAGGACGGCAACACCCUUUUGAAGAGGGGGGUCGGGAACGCGUUCGCAACAAAGACCCUACUCGAUUACGAGCACAGCGUCGACGAAACGGUCAGCGAGCUCGCCCGGACCAUCAUCGAGUUUCCCGAGUUCGACCUCUUCACGACCAUACAGUUCUUCCAGCUCGAUAUGCUGACGCAGCUAGCAUUCAGUGAGAAUCUGGGCCAUCUGCAGAACCGGAGGGAUGUUUGGGGAAUGGUCGACCCCAGCCGUGACAGAGUCGCGCAUUGGGUGCGUUGGCAGGCGCUGCCGACGUUGGAGUACCUCCUUUUCCAACACCCGCUCUUCAGUUGGGUCACCAAGAGAUCAUCCGCGUGGGCGCUCGAGGCGCUCCGGAAGCUGGCCAACCGCGAAGCGGCGCCGGCGGGGAAGACCGAGGGCCAGAAGGACCUGCUCCAGAAGUACGUCGACGCGUACAAGAAAAACCCGGCCAUCGGCCACGACGUCAUCGAGCUCAUGACGACGUCGACCAUCUCGGCGGGCUUCGACAGCACGACGGUGACGAUCACGACAAUUCUCUUCUUCCUGAUGAAAUACCCCGCCGCGUACGACCGGCUCAAGCAGGAGCUGGAGCAGGCCCAACUUUCCACCCCGGUGCCGCAGUGGACCGAAGUCAAUCGGCUCGAGUACCUAGACGCUGUCUUCAAGGAAGCCAUGCGCUGCAACCCGUUCGUCACGAUCCCCUUGGAGCGCGUGGUGCCUCCCGGCGGCGCCGUCAUCGUCGGCAAGCAGGUACCAGCCGGCACCACGGUUGGAUGUGCCGCCAAAGUCAUCCACUACAACCGCGAGCUCUACGGCGAGGAUGUCGAAGAGUUCCGACCCGAGCGGUGGCUGACGAACCCGGAGAAGAGGCUUGCCAUGGAACGAGCCUCGAUGGGGUUCGGGUCUGGAAAACGGGUCUGCCUGGGCCGACACAUUGCCGAGCUGGAGAUCAAGAAGCUGAUUCCCACUCUGGUUCUGCGGUUCAAGAUGGACCUCACCACACCAGACUCCUCGCUGGAAUUUGCAGAUGGCCUCACGGCAUAUCCCAAGACCAUAAUGGUCAGGUUUGAAGAGAGGAAGUAA